GUCACUGAAGCUCAAUCCCCUAAUCCCCUAUCCACCCCCUCCCUAUAAAUAGGGAACGGUGGCGGCGGUGGUGCCAGUCCGCAGCUGUCAGAGUAGCGCAGUCUCCCUCUUCAGGACUCGGAUAAAUCGUCGUCUACUUCUCCACCGCGGCCGAUCGGAGGAGGAAGGAACAAUGGACGGGGAUCAGGCGUCCAACUGGGCGGCGGCGCAGGGGAUCGGCGUCGGCGAGGACCUCAUCCCGGCCGCGCUGCGCCACCAGGACUUCCUCGAGGCCGUCGACCGCCGCCGCUGGCUCUACGAGGGACCGCUGCUCGACAGGGCCAUACGCAGGUACAAAGCUUGCUGGCUUCCCCUUCUUGCCAAGCACACUGAGGCUGCAAUUGUAGAUGGGCCUUUGGUUGUUCCACUUGACUGCGAAUGGAUUUGGCACUGCCAUCGGCUUAAUCCGGCUCAAUACGUAAAGGACUGCAAGCGAUUAUAUGGCAGAAUAUUGGACAAUAGCAACGUCGAGUCAUCCGUCCAAACAAAGUCCAAGGAUCAGGCUGCCAAAGUUUGGACUGAGUUAUUAUGUCCUGGGGAGCCCUUUGACCUGGAGUACACAAGUCCUUCUGAUGGUUCCGUUUAUGCCAGCAAUGAAGCUGCAGGGGGCAUUUCCUAUAAUUUGGUCUCAGCUGUUAGGAGACAGUCUUCUUUCGUCUACCAGGUUGGAACACCAAGCAUGCACGAUCGCCGUUUUCUUGAAGAAGCUUUAGCUCGAUACAAAGGGUUUUUGUAUGUGAUCAAGGUGAAUCAGGAGAAAGGAAGGAAGUUCUUUCGUGUGCCAACGUAUGAUGUGGAUCUCAUGUGGCACACUCACCAACUGCAUCCUGUUACCUACUACACUGACAUGAUGAAUCUCCUUGGGAGAGUUUUGGAGCAUGAUGACACAGACGAUGAUCGAGCUGUAGGAAAGAAGCUUGACACCGGGUUUUCUGGAACCACGGAGCAAUUCGAGAAUAUCUUUGGUCUGAGAUACUGGAAGGUUGGUGCUAUGUACCGUGGAAACUUGCCAACUCCUGUGACAUCCACUCCUCAGAUAUUUACAACUCAGGAUGAUAAUGGUUUUGGUCUCGGUGAGGCAGACAAGCAUCUUACUAUUCUUGAAACAACAGUUCUGGAGUUGUAUUUACAAAUUGUGGACAUCAAGAAUUUACCAUCUUCAAUUCCUGAGAAAAGCGUGUAUGUAUGGUUCACCAAGAGUCAGCCAGAUCUGUUUAUCAGCGAUGGUGGCAGGUUAGAUAUUUUAGCAAAAACAGGGAAGAGUAUUGGAGCUGGUUUUCAAUGUGAACCUACUGGAGAACUCAUUCUGACAGUAAUGGUUGAUCAUUCCUAUUUUGGGGCAUCAUCGUCGAGGAAAUCAGAACCACUAGGGGAGGUCUCAAUCUCUCUUCAGGAACUUGCACAGCCUGAUUCCAAGCUUUCCUUUGAGAGAUGGUUUGAACUGAAAUCUCAUGUUGGAUAUGCCGGCUCCCCAGCCAUCAGUCUUCGUGUUGCUGCAUCUUCUACUGUCCCUAGGCGAGCUCCACAGGUGCUUAGCAUGAUCAAUGUUAAACCUUUCUCUCUGAAGGCCUGCCUAUUGCCACCUUCCGUCAAGGAUCAACAAAUGAGCUCCUGGACUCGCUUCGUGUAUGACUGUGGUACUGAACUUAUUCGUCUUCAGAUAAGGGAGAACAAGGCAAAGAGUGGCAUGCUUCUUAACCAGGAAUUGGUUGGAGUAACGAAGUCAUCAAAAAAGCCAUUUCAGCUUGCAGAAUUCAAGGAAACUAAAUGGUCUUUUAUUAACUCCAACCUAUCCAUCACCAGUGACCUUAAAAUAACCCAGGAUGGCUGCAUACUCGAGAUCAAAGGUGAUAACAAACUGAUCAAAAUAUACAGGGGAAGGAGACUAGCAUAUGAACUGAAAUGCUGCAGUCAGCAUGCUGAAGAUACUACAGCAGUUACUGCUGUGAAGUUCUCUGCUGAACACCCCUAUGGCAAAGCAGUCGCACUACUUGACACUGAAUCAGAGUUUAUCACGGUGGAUGAGGAUUGGUUUCUGCUUCCCUGGAUUGCAAUAUCGUUCUUGUUCCUGAAUGCCACUGACAAAGAUGGUGCGAAGCUCAUCGAAGGAGCCAUGGUUCAAGAGGGUGCAAUUGUUGAGCCUGAUACUACCAUGGCUUCUGAAACCGUGAAAGGUGGAGCAGAAGGCGCCAUGGCUGCUCCAGCACAAUGUGGCACUUGUGGGACGGCCUGUGAUGGUGACUUGGUCAUGGCAAGUGACAAGGAUGGUCAUGCUAGCUGUGAGGGCGCUGUCACCGCAAGCGGCAAGGUUGCUGAUUCUAAAUGUGGUGGUUGCGGAUCAGGCUGUGGUGGUGGCUGCAGUGGCUCCGUUGUCACAGUGAGCUCAAAGGGCGGUCUUGUGAGCAGUGGUGUUAUCGCAGGCGGCGGGAAUGGCCGUCUUGAAUCUGCUGGGUGUGGAUCUGGAUGCGGUAGUUCCUGUGGUAGCAACAUGGUUAUUGAAAGAUCCAUGACGCAGGGGAACACCAAGUCAGGUGGCUGUGGUUCGGGUUGUGGUGGUGGAGGAGGCUGUGGUGGCAUGGCCAUCGAAGGCUCCAAGGCUGGCAUCGUCAAGUCUAGUGGCUGUGGCUCUGGCUGUGGCUCGGGCUGCGGUGGUGGCUGCGGCAGCAUGGUGAUCGAAGGGUCCAAGGCCGGCAUUGUCAAGUCUAGUGGCUGUGGCUCUGGAUGCGGUGGCAGUUGCAGUGGCAUGGUGACCGAAGGCUCCAAGACUAGCUACGCAAAGUCUAGUGGCUGUGGCUCUGGCUGUGGUGGCGGCUGUGGUAGCAUGUUGAUGGAAGGUUCCAAGACCGGCUACGCUAAGUCCGGCGGUUGCGGUUCAGGCUGUGGAGGUGGUUGCAGCGGCAUGGUCAUUGAAGGCAAGACCGGCUACACUAAGUCAGGCGGUUGCGGUUCAGGCUGUGGUGGCGGCGGUUGCGGCAGCAUGGUCAUGGAAGGCAAGACCGGCUACACUAAGUCAGGCGGUUGCGGUUCGGGCUGUGGUGGCGGUUGUGGCGCCGGUUGCGGCAGCAUGGUCAUGGAAGGCAAGACCGGCUACACUAAGUCAGGCGGUUGCGGUUCAGGCUGUGGUGGUGGUUGUGGCGGCGGUUGCGGCGGCGGCAUGGUCAUGGAAGGCUCCAAGACCGGCCACACCAAGUCCAGCGGCUGAGGUUCAGGUUGUGGCUCCGGCUGCGGAGGUGGUUGCACCUGAAUGUUCUUGCCGACCAGGCCAUCUCUGCACCCCGCGGUACAGUUGCGCACGAUGGCUUGCGGUGCUGAUCUUUCAUCGGAAUAAGAACUACGCUCUUGUCCUGGACAGUUCCUCGUGUCCAUGUCCAGUGUCCAUGCAGUACGCCAUGCCUUGUGUUGUGAUGUCAAAUUAUAUGAUUUGUGCUACUUUGUGUAUAAGUACCUGAUUGUACAUAUCCUAUUUGAGUAUAUCCUUCUUUUCAAUGAAUCUUCCUACGAGGAAGCAGCAAUUUAUAAA